AUGGCAAUUGUUGUCGUGCAGGUGGGCCAAUGCGGUAAUCAACUGGGUGAGGAACUAUGGCGACAGCUUUCGAUUGCCACUGAUAAAGGUGCCGUGCGUUCACCUUUCUUUACCAGUAAUCGGAAGGCUCGUUGCGUUAUGGUUGACUCUGAACCUAAGGUGGUGCAGACCGUCUACAACCGUUAUGCCGAUAUUAUGCGGGCUGAAAACGUUGUCUGCGGUCACUCUGGUCGCGGGAAUCACUGGGCGUUAGGUUAUUACGGUCUCAAUAAUCCAAAAAGUAGUCGGUGUGCUGAGAAAGCCGCCGCAUCCCGUCCAUUUCAGGUCACGAAGGAUCAGCGGCGGGGUGACAACUUUGUUGUACGCGAUGCUCUUCGCGCCAUCUAUGCCGAAACACGUCGCACAGAUGACACGGAGGAGUUUGAGGCAAUUUUGGUAUUACACAGUUUAGCUGGUGGUACAGGCAGCGGUAUGGCUUCGCUACUGUUAGAGAAGAUACGGUACUACUUCAUUGAACCGACUGAAGACGAACUUGCAAAUGCGGACGAGAAAGCGGAGGCGGACAUGAUGUGGAACGACGGACUGGAUGGUAUGCUGAUGCACAAACGGCGAGCCCUAUUUCUUAUCAGCAUUGCAGUCGCACCACAAUCCAUUGGGGAAAUAUCCACCCAAAGUUUGAAUGCAGCACUUACUCUGCAUGCCUUGCGGAUCGUAGAUGCUGUGCUGCUGUUACGCAACGACGACUGCCUGAGGGCGCGGGAUGAUCGAGCUGCUGGUCCGCGUGGGGCCGGAGGGAAGGAGACCAUUUCCUCUUCUUCUUCCCUUUCCCUCCUUAAACCUUGUGCAACCUUCACCGAGGUGAACGAAGUUUUCGUGACGUUGUUGAUGCCCGUGCUCUUGUACGGUGUGGGGGAGAGUCCUAUUUGUAAUCUUGUGCUAUCGUGCUCCCCGAGUCAUAGAAAAAUGAACAACAUCUUGACGAUUGUGCCUACACCGCAGCGUCACUACCUGCGGUUCAAGGAGUCCUCCAUUCUCUCACGUUUCUACUGCAUCACUGGUGCGAAGUCACACCUGCCAUCCGUGUGUCCAACAGUUCCUGUGGAGUUGUUGCACACCUCGAGGUCUCUUCAGUCGACGGAUCCUGUGCAUUCUAGGGAGGAGGUAAAGAUACCGAAACCGCUGUAUCUGAGCUUUGUUCAACCUGGGUCAAAGAAGCGUUCUCCGGCGGCUACACUUCUGACUGAAAUUGAGGGUGUCCUCGUUAUGAACCAGGCGCGUGAACUAAAUGCACAGUUGCUGUUCCCUCUCUUGCGAACAGCAGCAGUGAAGGUAAAGGCAGGUGCUUUCAUGUCCACAUUUCUGGAUUCCGGAGUGGCGGCAGAGCGCAUUCAGUUGGCGAUCAAGAGUGUUGCUCUUAAGCUUGCUGAUGCGGAGGAGGAUUGA